GAAGAAGGGCGCAGGGCGCUGAGGGAAGAAGGCGCAGCUGUACCAGACCCCCGCGCAAGGGAAAAGGGCGCAGGGCGCUCAGGGAAGAAGGCGCAGCUGUACCAGACUCCCGCGCAAGGGAAAAGGGCGCAGGGCGCUCAGGGAAGAAGGCGCAGCUGUACCAGACCCCCGCGCAAGGGAGAAGAGCGCAGGGGGGAGCAGGCAGCGCCACAGACAUGAGGCUGGUCCUGGCGGAGCGGAGCCUCAACCUCACUAACCACAGCUGGGCUGGGGGUUCCGGCAACCUGAGCUUGGAGGGGCCGCUGGUGGCCUGGGCGGCGGGGGGCCUGGGGCGCACGGGGCACAGCGCGGUGGCCGUGUGUCUGGGCAUCAUCCUGGUGCUGGGCUGCCUGAACAACCUGCUGGUCCUGCUGAUCUUCCUGAAGUUCGAGUCCAUCCGGACCCCCAUUAACCUGAUCCUGCUGAACAUCAGUCUCAGCGACCUGCUGGUCUGCAUCUUCGGGACCCCCUUCAGCCUGGCCGCCAGCCUGCGGGGCCGCUGGCUCCUGGGCGAGGCCGGCUGCAAGUGGUACGGCUUCGCCAACGCCCUCUUCGGCAUUGUCUCUCUGAUUUCCCUUUCCAUCCUCUCGUACGAACGCUAUGUCACAGUGCUCAGGAGGCGCAUGAAAGUGAACGUGUCCAGCUACCAGAAAUCCUGUCUCUUUAUUGCAGGCUCUUGGUUCUACUCCUUGUUUUGGACUUUGCCUCCUUUGUUUGGUUGGAGCAGCUACGGUCCCGAAGGCCCGGGCACCACCUGCUCAGUAGAGUGGCACUCCAGGUCUCCUAACAAUAUCUCUUACAUCAUAUGCCUCUUUAUCUUCUGCCUUAUAUUGCCUCUUCUGACAAUGAUCUAUUGUUAUGGGAAAAUAGUGAGAGCAAUCAAAAUGCAGGUUUCUAGGUUUAAUAUGACGACUGUUCAGAAGAGGGAACACCACAUACUUUUUAUGGUGGUAUCCAUGGUUACCUGCUACCUCCUCUGUUGGAUGCCAUAUGGGAUAGUAUCUUUGAUUGCAACAUUUGGCAAGCCAGGAAUAAUCACUCCAACAGUAAGCAUUGUCCCAUCCGUUUUGGCAAAGACUAGCACAUUUGUUAAUCCUGUUCUCUGUGUGCUCUUGAACAAACAGUUCUACAGGUGUUUUAUCACUUUAGUAAAAUGUGGACCGUUCCCUCAGCGUACUGAAAACAUUCUCAAUUCAAAAGAGCGCCAAAACUUUGAGAUAGCUGGCCAGAUAACAGAGAUUCCCCUGUCUCAAACGCCAGCGGAUGAAAGGCAAAUCAAAAAUAACACUCAAUACUCUUCAAAAAACCAAAAGACUCUUGUGGUUCAUUACAAAGUCUAGAUCAAAAAGCUGCUUUUACAACCCUCCAUUCGACCUCUAUGUUGGCCCAGCAAUGAAAGAAUGUCCCAAUUCCCAAUAGAAAUGAACAAUAGGAUGAACAUAGAAGACAUCACCGAGGCCCAUAGGACUUUCACUACUCAACGAUGUUAGGUUUAUGUCUGCCAAGAAGAAUAAGAUGCAAUAUAGAUCACGCUUGGAGAUUGUCAGCUAGCAGCCUUUCACACUUCAGCAUGCAUGCCCUAAAUCUUACACAUUUAAGAAUACCACAUGUAUGCAAGCUACUGGAAUAGAUUUCAGCUUUGCCAGUAAUACAAACAUUACUGGCAAAGAAACAUUUCUACCUAGAAACAUCAACAAAAUGUUUGUGACCCUCUUAAUUCUGAAGUAAUGGUUGUUCUGUAAUGGUUUUUUCUAUAUCAUUUCUGGAAUGGUAGAUGACCUGUUAUUGCCAUCAGAAGCUCUGAUUCACUAGCACUGAAAUCAUCUUUCCUGGAAAUACCUCUUCUGGGCCAGUGACACUGCAGCAUGGUGAACUGAGAGAAAUACCUGUUAUCUAUGCUACCUAGUCACAGAGUGAGAAACAGGCUCCUAAAAUCCCCAUCUGUCUUUAUUUCUAGUGUUUUUGUCUCUAUUCACCUAGCAACAUUUUGUUCAUGAACAUGUACAAAAAUGCUAGACCCCAAGGCUUGAAAUCCUAACAUGGGGAGCUGCACGAGCACUGGCUUAUCAGCCCCUCAAAUCACAAUUCUUAGUGUCGAUGCAGAAAUGCAAAUUGUUUUUAAGCAAAAUGACUGUGACUCCACGACACCAAUUGCUUAAUUGAACCAUCCAGCUUUGUGUGUUAGAGCUUCAAAAGCUGUUUUGUUGGUUUAAUGUUUUUAUCCUCCUUUGCCAGUCAAGAAAUAUGCUGAUCUGAAGUCUGCCUGAUAUUGCCUGUGUUAUGAUAAGCUACU